ACACAGUCUAUCUUGUUAAAAAAAAGAACACACUCAUUGAUAUUUUUAGAAGUCAAACACUUCUAAAAGAGUCUUGUUUGUUUUGUAACACAAACAUGGCUACGAGAAUCUGAAAACAAAACAGAGCCAUGUGCUCUAAAACCUUGUCCUUCUUCUCCCUCUACCGCCACUUUUCAAUCUCUACCAUCCUCCGAAAGAUCCCCAUCAGGCACAGAAACCUUGCUGUUCAUGAAGCACAGAAGGCUCUCACAGACUACCUCCACGCCACCAGGUCCUUCCCCUUCACCUACGCAGAGCUCAUCGGGAACAACACCCUCUGUUCCCUCUCCAAUCUCAUUGCAAAGGUAGAAUUUUCACCCUCCACCUUCUCCAAAAGCUUUCAGAGGGUCCUCAGGUACCACCCCAUUAACGAGUUUGAAGUCUUUUUCGAAAGCAUAGGCAUAGAGCACCACCUGGUUUCUGGGUUGUUGCCUGAUGACAAGGUUUUCUUUUCUCAAGAUAGGAGCCUCUUUGAUGCUGCAUGUGCACUUUCUGAUUUUGGGUUUCCCUGGGAGAAGUUGGGUGUGUUGUACUUGCAAGAAAGUUCCAUUUUUGGGAGGAGUGCUGCAGAGUUGAAAUCAAGGCUUGGUGAGCUUAAGGGGUUUGGUUUUGGUAAUGUUGAAGUCAUUGGCAUGUGUUUGGCUUUCCCUUUUGUUUUGAGUGAGGAAAGCCAAGAGGGUGUUGGAAUUGAUGAAUUGUUUAGUGAUUUAAAGUUGAUAUUUUUGGAUUUUGGUCUGGGAAGGUUUGUUGAGGGAGAUGUUGAUUCUUGGCAUGAGGUGUGUAGAAAAUUGAGAUUGUUCAUUGAUUUAAUUGGCUAUAAGGGAAACUUAUGGGAAUACAUAGGACGGAAUAAGUACAAGAGUAUCUUCAUUGAAUACAGAGAGGAGGAGUUAGUUAAUAAAGUCAAGUUUUUCUGUAGGUUUGGUGUAAAGAAGGAGGAAGUGGCUCAGUUGAUUCUACUAUGUCCAGAAUUGUUGAGUCUUGAUUUGGAGAACCCGGUGAUUAAUGUAUUGAAGCUAUUGAAACACUUUGGUCUGAGUUCUAAAGAUUUGGACGAAAUUAGUCAAAAAUUUGCUCAUGUGUUGGGAAGAAACAAAUUGGUUAACCUGCCGAAUGUAAUGAGGGCUUUAGGCUUACAAGAGUGGUUCUUCGAUAAAAUCAAUGGCGGACAUCAUCAGUUGUUAACGGAUUAUAUCGCAAAGUAUCCUAAUGAGGACCAGGAUAAGGAUUAUCAAGAUGGCCUAAGGAGAAUUCAGAUUUCAAGAGCCCGAGUUCAUAGCAUUAGUAAACUAAAGUUCUUGCAUGGCUUGGGCUUUGGAGAAAAUGCUUUAACUAUAGAUGUUUUGAAUCAUUUGCAUGGUACUAGUAGUGAGUUACAGGAAAGAUUUGACUGCCUUCUAUGCUCAAGGAUUGAAUUCUCAAAGCUCUGUAUGAUGGUAAGGAGGACACCAAGGAUUCUGAAUCAAAACUCGGAAACAAUAAAACGGAAGGUGAAUUUCUUUAACCAGGAAAUGGGAACUUCUUUAAGCUAUCUGGAAACUUUUCCAGCAAUGUUGCAUUAUCACUUAGAGGACCGAAUUAUACCUCGGUACAGAUUUCAUAAGUGGCUUACAGAAAAGGGUUUGUGUUGUAAAAAGUAUUCCAUUAGAAGUAUGAUUGCAAACAACGAAAAGAAAUUCGUUGCCCGUGUGUUUAAAAUUCACCCUGCUGCUCCAAAACAUUGGUUUGAGAAAUUCUGCCACAUUAAAUUGCCGAUGUAAUGACUAUGGUAUAUAUACCUAGCACAGUAUAUGAUGAACACCUGGAAUAACUAAGAAUAAAUUUGUACAUAAUACAGAUUAUUGAACUUUUGAUAUCAGAAAACUUGUGUCAAGGAUCUGUCUGCAUUGCACUGAUUAACAGAGCCAUAAAAAUGGCCUGCAAAUAUCUUGUUUUGUAUUGCUUUAGAGCGUGUUUGAAUAGUUGUCUCCGCAAUGUGAAUGGAUUUUCGCCCAUUCCAACAAGUGCUGACUUUGGCUGAAUGUGCCUCAGAAAUCAGGAAAUUGACAUGGAAUAGCAUUCCGACAUAAAUGAACAGAAAAACAAACACAUUUAUUUGCUGGACCAGAUCCCAGUUAAGAGAAUGAAAGGUGAAGUUCUGUGUAUGCAAAGUUCUGCUUUGAAGAAGGAAUUAUGUCCAAGGAUGGUAAAGGCCAAAGGUCAGACAAAAGAUGAGAGGUUAAGGCUUAUAAUCUGAUACUGGGUGGACAUUUUAUUCACUAAGAGAGUCCAUUACAGUUCCAGUACAAGAGCAAUAUGUGGAAAUUCUUUUACACUAAACAAGAUACUCAUACAUAUAGAUCCGUGGGCUUGCUUUUACACCAAACAAGAUACUCAUACAUAAAGGUAUGGACGGCGUUGUCAAUAUUAUGAAGUAAAAGAUGAGGUAAUCCUAAUUAUUUCUUAAAAGGCCUGUUAGUAGUAUUGCACUAAUGCAAUAUUCAUAUUAUUAUCUAUUGGUAUUUCUGUUUUGGAGUUGAAAUAGAUAGGAACAAACUUUUUAUGCCAUAAUUAUUUUUCUAGUAUGUGGAAUCAGUUUCUUGCAAAUGCAAGUUAAGGCUGCAUAUAAUAGGCCCAGGAUCUGACUUUUUUCUGGACCCUGCCAUGGUGGGAGUUUUCUUAGUUGUCCUUUUUUCCUUUUUCUACCAUUCAUAUGACGUUGGGUCAGGUGUGCAGCAAGGCUUGCUUGGAUAAUUGAAAGUUCCAAUAUUUCUUGAAGGCCUAUUGUGUUGAAUUCUGUCUUUUUUCCCACCAUCUCUCUUCCUUAACUGAGUUCAAAUUUUAUGCUUGUGUAUUUUCAUUUACUUAUUUGAUGAUCCGUUUCCCUUUACUCACCUCAACUGCAAAUUCAAGUGACAAGCACAUGAUAUUUCUGUUUUAUGAAUACUCCUCCUCCUGUCUUUUACAUAACAUUUCACUGGGAUGUAUUUUCUUUCCUCAUGAAGCUUAGUAAUUUCCUUUAUUGGUCAGUAAGUAGAAAUUAUGGCGUUACCUGGUCAUCAUUAUUUUAUGGUUUUCAUUUUUUUUUGGUGAAUCGUUUUGAGAUUAGUAUGUUGCAAAAUGGUGAAAUCAGAUUAAUUAUAAAUUACUUUCUUUGAAGGUCAUUUGAUCAUCAUUCAAAACUUUCAAGUAGUAUAACUUGUAAAUUAGAUGAUAAUAGUUUAAAUGCAAUUCAAUGGCCUGAAGUAGUGAAGUGCAAGUUUACCCUUGUUCUUGUGUGAAAGCAAUUCUGACAUGCUUAUUUUGCAGAGAAGAUCAUGAAAAAUAUUGCGGGAUCAACAAUGGAAGACAUAAAAUUGAAUGCUAGUCUUCACCAACUGAUUUUAUAUUUCUGAUAGUUUCUAUACUUGUCUGUUUUGCCUUUGGCAAGGAUCUCUGUUUCUUAAUGCAGCAUAUGUGACAAGGGAUGCUAAUAAUAUGUUAUCUCUGUUUGACAAAAUGAUCUAUUGUGGGACCCACUUCUUAUUUAUUGGGAUAUAUGUAAAUUUCAACUGGUAAUGAAGAGUGUGUAUUGGUUUCUCUA